AUAUUCCAGAAUCCACACACUGCCCAAUAUUUCAAGGCACCACCAACAGCUCAAAAAUUGCUAAAACCGGCAUCAAAACGAUGUGUUUAGAUUUUUAAUUUAUUUUUCACAAGCAAUACUUGUUCUGGAAAUGUAUUGUUGAAGUUGAAUAUGCAUUCUGUUAUACAGCAAAAUGAAAUUGGGUGCUUAUAGUUAUAGGAAGAAAAUGGAAUUUGGCUAUUUUUUUUUCAGUAAAUGGAUAAACAUUUCUGAUUAACUAUUUUGUUGCUGUACUAUUAUUAACAGCUUAAAUAUGAAUAGCUCUCCAAUUUGCAGAUGAUCAUUAAUAAUUAUUAUAUUCUCUCGGGAACAAAAAGUUGUCAUCUGAAUCUGUGUUGUCGUUUCUGAUUCAUCAGCUGCGGAAACGCACACAGCAGCAGCACAGAUUCAGCAAAUACUAUAUAUAAAAUCAAAAGUCAGCGGCAGAAAGUUCUUAAUUUUCCUGGAAAGUCAGUAGCAGUAGUAGUUGUAGCAGUAGUAGUUGUAGCUGUUUGGCUGGCGAGAAAUUUAAUUUGAGUAAAGAUAUCUGGGAAACAGUAAUUCCGGUUUUGUUGUGGGACCAAACGCUGCCUUCGACGAAAUUUAUGAGCACGAGAUCGCUUUACUCGAUGCAUGGGUUUUCGGUUGUCUGUGGUUUUUUGCUUCAAUUUUGUUGUUGGAGUAGGAAUUAUUAAGGGGAUGGAUACUACUUUGAGGUUUGUUGUGGUUUUGAUGCUAGUUCUUGGAUUGGCAAGUGCAUCUCCCAUCAAAAAUGAUUUUAGCCAAUGUGAAAAAACUGUUAAAAAGUGGGCUGUUGCUUCUCUCGAACAAGAAGUUAAAGAGGACAAGCAUAUGCUUCGAGAUUUGUUGUUUUUCCUUCAUGUUCCAAGAACUGGAGGCCGGACAUACUUUCACUGUUUCUUGAGAAAGUUGUACUCUAAUUCUCAGGAGUGUCCACGUUCAUAUGAUAAACUACGUUUUGAUCCAAGCAAACAGAAGUGCAGAUUGUUAGUUACUCAUGAUGACUAUAGCAUGAUGUCCAAACUUCCCAAGGAGAAAACUUCGGUGGUCACCAUACUUAGGAAUCCAGUUGACCGCAUAUUUAGUACUUAUGAAUUUUCAAUUGAAGUGGGAGCUAGGUUUUUGGUGCAUCCUAACUUAACUUCUGCCACACAAAUGGCCAGCCGGUUGCGACCUAGGAAUGGUGGAGUUAGUACACUUGACAUAUGGCCGUGGAAGUAUUUGGUUCCAUGGAUGAGGGAAGACCUAUUUGCUAGGAGGGAUGCUAGGAAACUUAAGGGCAUAAAUCACGUGAAGAGCAAAGAUCCAUACAACAUGGAGGAAAUUGUUAUGCCAUUACGUGAAUAUAUCACUGACCCUAUUGCUCGUGAUAUUGUCCACAAUGGAGCGACAUUUCAGGUUGCAGGGUUGACAAACAAUUCUUAUUCUGCGGAAUCACAUGAAGUGCGCCAUUGUGUACAGAAAUAUGAGAUUCUUGGUGAACUUGUUCUGCAAGUUGCAAAGAAGAGGUUGGAUGAGAUGUUAUAUGUUGGUCUCACUGAGGACCACAGAGAAUCUGCAACUAUGUUUGCACAUGUGGUUGGUGCACAGGUGAUUUCCCAAGCAUUAACAUUGAACUCUUCCAUGGAUACUGCAGCUGAUAGUAAAUCAGAGCAGACCUCCUCAGUUUCAGAUUCUGAGCCCAGUGAUGAUAAUCAGAUUACCAAUCCUGACCAAAAGCCAAGUGAAAUUUCUUCUGUGGAAAAUCUGGAUGGGAAGAAAGAUAAUAUGACUGUAAAGAAACUAAUGGAUGCUUAUGAAGAUUGCAUUUCCAAUUUACGGAAGACCCAGGCACGCCGUCGGACGUCUUCUUUAAAGAGAAUAGCUCCAGCAAACUUUUCUAAGGAGGAUCGACGCCGUGUUCCUGAGAUGAUUCUUGAGCAGAUAAGAUCGCUUAACAACCUGGAUUUGGAGCUUUAUAAAUAUGCUAAGGACAUUUUUGCAAAGCAACACAAACAUACAGUACAGAAGUUGACCAGCAGAGAAGGAUUGGAGGGCAUAUUCAACAGUUCAGGUGUCACUGCAUUAUGGAAAAUCAUUUCAUUGGCCGUUUCCGCUGUUUUACUCUUUGCACUCCUUGCUCUAUUUGUAACUGCAAGAAGAAGAACAUCAAAAGUUAAGAUAUGAAUUCUUCUUAUCAAAAAGAUUUAGAAUUGAAAAGAAGAAGAAAAAUAUAUGAAAAUUUUACAGGUUAUAGGGGGGAAUCACGUGCAGAGAAAAGUUCUAUAGUGGAUAGGAAAGUAGGGAUGAGUUUGAUUCCAUUUCUGGUGGAUGCCUAUGCUCAAGUUGCUUAGAGCUUGGUGACGAACCAGUUCAUUUCUUGGCAGGGAUCUCAUUCCUGAUAAGAUUUAAGGUUGCACGGUCUGUUUAUGUAAUGUCUAAUAUUGAAGUAUUUUUCAUAUUCUAUCUGGCAUUCAAGUUU